AUGCCAAUUUAAAAAAUUUACUAAGAACUAGAUUAAAGUAUUCCAAGUUUAACAUAAAAAUAGUUUAAUUCAAGUUAAUCAGGAUAGAAAUAAAGUAAUACCACCACAAAAAACUCGUUAGAUAUUCCUGAUUUACUUUAAAGGACUCUUCCAAUUCGCUAAAAAAGAUGCAAAACAAUUGGAAAUUCACCAAAUAAUAAAAAUCAAGAUAUGUCAUCGUAAUUUAGGUAAAUGUAUCAUAACUUCAAUAAUUAUGAGUACAAAUAAUAAAAGAAAUAGUCUAGCAAAGUAGAAAAAUGCGAUAAAUAAAAGAAAAAGCUUGAUAAAAAUACCACCAAUGCAAGCGAAUCAGAAAAUUAAGAAUUUUUAAAAGAAAACCUGAUUUAAGCUUAGCAAAAAGAUGAAAUAAAUAGCAGAUAAUCUAUGACUCCUAUUUAACCUGCAAGGGUUUUUGUAACAGAUAAAGGAAAAUUGAUAAAUGAUAGAUUUGAUAUCCCUACUUAUAAGCCAGUGAGCUUUGCUGAAAGCAUUAAGAAGUAAAAUGCUGAUUUAAGUUUAAUAGAUUACUUUUAAACAGGGAAAGAUAAAAUAAUUGAACAUUUAGACUACAAAGAUAUAACAGAUAAUAAUAUAACUAAUUUCAACAAUAACAAUAAAUUAUACAUCUAAAAUCUAAUAGAUAAGCAUUAGAAACAUAUGAAACCUCAAUGCUGCUCAAAGGGAGAAUAAGUCAGAGCAGAUUCAGCUCUAAAAAAUUAUAGAAAUUAAUUAGAUGAAGAAAUAGAUAAAUUCUACAAAAAUCUUGAGUAAAAGUCUUUAACUCCUUCAAUAAAAUACCAAAAACCUAUUAAAAAAUAAGUACCGUAUAAGGAUGGUUUAAUUGAUGAAUACUUUUUUAAAGAUGAAAAUAAUCAACAUUAUAAUGACUAAGAUUUGAAUUACUAAAAUAAGUCUAAUCAAAAUAAUGAUAAAGGAGCAGGUUUUUUUAAGAAAUACAUUUAAGAUGUAGACCUAGAAAAAUAUAAAGAGCUUCCAUUGUGGGUCAAAGUUGCAACUGAAAAAUAAGACUUCUUUCCUAAAAUACAAUCACCAAGCAAAGUAAGUUAAUACAUUCAAAAUGGAGUACUCCCUAUGAAAUCAGUCUUGGAAAAAUCCGAAUUUAAUAUACAUUAAAAAAAGAAAAAAUACAUAAGAAAAAUAGAAAAAAUAGUGACUGAAUGUGAUGAUUAUAAGCAAAGUAAUUAUUGA